AUGUUGCUGAAGCAGUGCAUCGUAAACUACCAGCUGAUGGUUAAUUGCCGCGACCCCCUCUGCGGCCAUGUGAGAAUUUUCGGUUUUCCCAGAGGCCGAGGCGUCGCGCACGUGGAUGAUGGGGGAAACAAGAGAAGCGUGAAAAGUAUAAACACUGUGGACAACAUCAGCAGCGUGAGAAGUACUCCAAAGGUGAGAAACGCUCUAAACGUGCCAAACUUGACGAACCUGUCCAACCUGUCGAACACCCGAGACUUUCUCUUCCUACACAAAAUUCCAUACCGCGUGAGUACGCAUCACGUGCAGAAAAACCAGAGGAGCAACGCACCGAAGAUAUCCCAAAUGAGCAGUCCAGAGUGGAUAAUGCGCAUGGCCAGGAAGUGCAGCGGGUGGAGGCUGCGCUUGUUCUCAAGUGAGAGUCAUAAUGGCGGAAAAACUACCUGGGGAGGAGAGAAUGAAGCGAAUGUCGAAAAUGACCAAGGGAAGGAGGAACCCAAAAGGAACUUGAGCAAAACACAACAAACCUUUUUCAACAUACGGAAAAGCUUGAAGGAUUCAUUUGAAAAGCACCUAAAAACACAUGCAGACGGAGGUGUGUCCAUAAAGGAUAUUUACAAAAUUUUGAAGAAGGAAAGGAAUUACCUAGCAGUGGCAUUCUUCUGCUUGCUAAUCUCAUCCGUGGGACAAAUGUUCUUCCCCAUGUGUAUAAGCAAAAUAAUUAACAUGUACGGAGGGAAGGAGGAAUCCUUGAAGUAUGUAAUGGACGAGGUGUACAAAACGAUAUUUCUCAUUAUAGGGAUUUCUACCUUCAGCUUUUUUCGCAUAUAUUUUAUCGAAACAUCUGUUGAAAAAAUUACGAGACGGUUAAGAAAGGACUUGUUUGAAAAUAUACUCAAUCAGAAAUUGUCUUUUUUUGAAAAGCAGAAAACAGGAGAGCUAAUAAACAGAUUAUCUAACGACAUUGAAGUUUCUUCGAGGGUACUGAUUACUCUUUCCUUUGGAAUUCGAAAUCUCAUUGCAGCAAUUGUCGGAGGAAUAUUUGCUUUGCAUAUAUCUCCAACUAAAUUAUUUCAGUCCUUUUUACUCCCCGUCUCGACUUCUCUGCUAAUCGGUACCACUUAUGGAAAAAUUGUCAAACAGAUCAGCAUUUGCAAGCAAGAGAAGUUAAGUAACUGCAUCGAUUUCGCGUCCGAAAAAAUACACAACAUUGCUAACGUGAGAUUGCUAAAUGGAGAAUCUUUCGAAAAAAAAGAAUUUACCAAUUAUUUAAAUGAAGUGUACAAAUCAGGAACGAAGUAUUCACUGGUCAAAGCUGGAAACCACUUCCUCUUCAUUAGUAUCAUUUCCCUUUUUGUACUCCAUCUGAUUUAUUAUGGGAAUUAUUUAAUUGCCAAUAAGUACAUAAAUACGGGAGAUUUAUUUUCCCUAAUUAUGUAUUCCCUACUUUGUGGUAGUGGCAUACAGGGGGUUAUGCAAUCCAUAGGCGAUCUCCAGAAGUGCAUUGGCUCGUGCUCAAAGGUACUUCAAAUUAUUAACCUUCCCAAGAGUGAGUUCAAGGAGCACUGGUCUAAGGACACAAUUCUUUUUCUCAAAAAUGAGGAUUACUCCAUCAAGUUUGACAACGUUUCUUUUUCGUACGGCGCGGAUGAGGAGAUCCUUCCGCACGGCAAGUCCGGCGCUUCGAGGGACUCCGUUUCACGUAUCCCCAGUGCAGGGAGCAAUCGAAGUAGUGGCACUAACGGAAGUACUCAUACUAGCCGAAGUAGUGAUACUCGAGGAAGCACAGGCACUAGCGCCACCGACAGCACGAGCACCACGACCGGUGCGAACCGCACAUACCGCGGGGGAAACCAAAGCAUGGAUGAGAAGAAUUACGUCCUGAAAAAAGUCUCCUUCUUCCUGCCUCACAACAAAUCAGUUGCCAUUGUAGGAAAAAGUGGCAGCGGAAAAACCACCAUCCUGAAUCUGCUCUCCAAAAGACACAUCCCCAAUUCGGGAAACAUCCUGAUAGGAAAUUUCGAGAUUCAGAAAAUCAACUCCUCAGCGUUAAGAUACAUCCAAGGAGUAAUCACGCAAAACCCUUUUCUCUUCAAUACGUCUGUCAAGGACAACUUGCUGUACCCCCUGAAGGCAUAUGAACAGAUGCUGAAUGAGCAACUGGUGCUCUUAGAGGAAGAGAAACUUUCCCGAAGGUGUCCCAAAAAAAAAAAAAAAAACAUAAAUUUGUGUAGAGGUACCAAAUCAGUAAUGCUCAACAUGGCGUCUGAAAGUACCUUCCAAUCGCAGGUAGUCACGAUAGACGAUUUGGACGAAAUACAAUCCUUUGUCACCAAGGAAAUAGAAAACGUGCAAGAGAAUUUAAAAAAAAUUACUCCAGAUAUGUUGAAAGAGACGUAUAAAAAUUUUUCUAUUCAUGACUUUUUAAGUAAAUAUGCUCAUUACGAUGAUGUGAAUGUCGGGGUGGAUGGAUCUUCCUUGUCCGGAGGACAAAAACAGAGAAUUUACCUUGCUCAGAAUUUAUUUAAGCAAAAUAAAAUCCUCAUUUUGGAUGAACCCACAUCUUCGCUAGACAAAGUAUCGGAGAACAUAAUUAACGAAGCGCUGCUGAAAUAUAUGAAGGGGAAAACGUCAAUCAUUUUUACUCACCGAUUGGAUCUGCUCAAUUUCGUUGACUACAUCGGUGUGCUUAAUGAUGGCUCGAUGGUGCAGUUUGAUUUGCGAGCCAGGGUUCUCGAGAACCCCUGCGACAUUUUGCGUGAGAUACUCAGUCAGAGCUCCUUCUGA